AUUGAAAUAAUCAUUCAAUUUUAUGUCAUUUUAUCAUGUUAUCUGCGAUCUGAAUAUCAACAGAAAAUGCAUUAUCUAAUUUAAAAAAAGCAAAGCUGUGUCAGUGGUGGGGCUUAGCGAAGCAAGGAUUAAUUCAUUACAAUAAAUAAAGACGUUUCCUGUUUCACAUUUUGAUCAAAUAAUGAGAAGAUGUAUUGGAAACAAGUGCUUGAAUAAAAUAUCCGGUUUGGAAACAGUGCUUAACAAAAUAUCCGUCUUAGAAACACAAAUAUGAAAAGUGGCGUAAAUUAUUUCAAAUCAAUGAGAAGGAUGAACUUUCGAUGUAAGACAUGAAAAACAUGUGCAUCUUAAAAUCAAUUCGGUAUAUUUAUCUUUUUAUUUCUUUAAUGAAGCUUGAACAUGCAAGCACAUCUGAACACUAUGUGGAAAAAUUACAGGAGACUUCAACCGUUCCAUUUGUCAGGACCACAACAAUUACUUCAACUGCAGUAGAAUUUAGUAUAUUCAAUGGGACAAACGGUAUUCAUAUCAAUCAAGCUGCGUCUGAUCUUCCUCCAAACUGGGAGGAAUUUUGCGUUUUACAGGAAAAGGAUGCGAAUCUAAAAAUUCAUCAAUACAUCUGCCUUAUCAACACGUCUGUCUCUGGUAAAUGGAAUUUCUCAGUACUAAGGCAGCACAUUUUAUCAAAGGAUAUAAAGUAUGGUUUUGAUGUACGUUGUCAAAAUGGUGCUAAAAUUUCGCUUCCCGAUUCUGCAAAAGGAAAGAAUAUUAUCAAACUUAUUGUUCGCGACUGUGUAGCAGUGGACUAUUUUUCAGAUUAUCAGAAUCUUGAUUUAGACAGUUAUCCGGACGAACUGGAAGAAUAUGUGAUAAUCAAUGUACAACGACUGAUUUCAGCAAAGGCUUUGAUUAAGAAUCUCCAGAGAAAGUAUGAGACCCUGCAGAAAAACUUAAUUUGUGGUGACGAAGAAACAUUGAAAGUUAAGAUUGAAAGAAAUGAAUCCUUCCCAAUUAAUUUUGAUGUCCCGGAAGUUAAUGUACAAUUCUUUACUAGAAUUGCUACUAGAAACAUGAAGAAUAGUCGUCUUCGGCCACAAACGUGUAUAUUCAAGAAUCUGCAAGUACUCGAAAAUUCUGUAUCUCAAAAAACUCGCUAUUAUGUUACAUCAUUGACGGAAAUUUCUCGGUUUCCAGAGUUGAAAAUUUUUAAUAUAUCUCACUCUUUCAUGAUUUACAUACCAACAAUAUUUAAAAACUGGUGGCUUUUCUUCCCAAAAUUGGAGUACCUUGAUUUGUCCUUCAACCAUAUUCAGGAUAUUCUCUUCCCAAUAAAUAAUGAAGGCGUAUUUGAACAACAUAUACCUUACUUAACAUUUGAUUAUACUUUUAAUAAUAUUACUCGACUUACAGUCCGUAAUUUUGAAAAAAUCGUAAGCAACAAGAAGAUAUUUAUGAAGAUAACUAGCAAUCCGUUCAAUUGCACCUGCACAGAUGAAAUGAAGGAAGUAUUAAAAUACAUUAAGCACACGGAUUGGAGCUCGGCAAAAUACGAAAGAUAUGCAUACUUUAGGGAUCUGAUGUGUGAAACUCCUGAAAAUGUCCGGGGUUGGCGUCUGGCAGAUCUGUCCCCCAGGGAUAUUAACUGUAAAUUCGAGUUGAUGCCAGUGACUGUGGCUUUGAGUGUCUUGUCGUUGAUCCUCAUCAUUUUCAUUGUUGUUAUACUUAAGUAUCGAAGGGAAAUCCGAAUUUUAUUUUACACAAGGUUUAAUGUAGUGCUUCCGUGUCAGCCAGCAGAAAUAUACGAGGAUAAAGAAUUUGAUGCCUUUGUUUCCUACAGUAAUGAUGAUCAAGAGUGGGUGUGCAAUAUUUUUGAUGAAAACAAACACGAUCGACUUGUAAAUUUGAAGUUUUGUAUGCAUCAAAAGGAUUUCAUUCCAGGUAAAACUAUUUUUGAGAACAUCGUCAAAUGCAUUGAGAAUAGUCGUCAUACUGUCAUUGUACUCUCAGAAAAUUUUCUUAAAAGUAAUUUUUGCAUGUGGGAGUUUCAAGAAGCUUUUCAGCAAAGUAUUGUUGAAAGAAAACGACAUCUCAUCAUCAUCUUACUGGAAGACAUUCCAGACAAGAAUCUACCAAACGAUCUGAAGAGAUGUAUGAAAACAUUCACUUUCAUAAGAAAGGAUGAUAAAAUCUUCGCAGACCGACUGCUUUACUCGUUGUCGUACAAAGCAAAAAUAGCCCGAUAUCCAAAAAUUGCUCAGAUUAACCCGGGCUAUAAUUAUGAUGAUGAUUAUGAUGGAAAUAAGAGAGAUAAUUAAGGAAAAGAAGAGAACGUGAUCAAAUUAAUGAAUGAAAGAAAUGCUAAAAUAAAUAAUUUUCAUUAAGGAGUACCAAAAUAUGCAGAAUAAAAGAUAUCAUCCUGUAUAUUGUAGGGGAACUGAGUCCACUUGUGUUCUUUGGACCCCUAUCAAACAUCAUUAUUAUUUACCAUUUCUCGACCAAGUUAAUUUAUCAUUCCAUGACAAAUAUGUAACUGUGUGAUUGAUUAAUUCAAUUUUAUUGAUUGUAUGUUGUUUAACUCCCUCUCAAGAAUUUUUCACUCAUAUGGAGACGCCACCCUUGCCGUUGGAGAGCUACAAAUUUUAUCCAAUGCUCUGCACUCAGGGCCACUGAGCAGUGAAGGAUCUUCUUCGUGCAGCACCAGCUGCGACAAGGGACCUCGGUUAUAUACUGUCUCAUCUGAUGGACCAGUCUCCACGUCCCACAGUGGGAUUCGAAACCGCGACGUAAGGAUCGACUCCUUACUUCGUGACUCUAAAGCAGACGCUCUACCCACUGUGCCACGCGGGCGACUGUAACUAUGUGAAGAUGUCGACUGUCGACUGUUUACUUUCUGAUUAAAUUUGUAUAUCCUUAGUCAGAGAAGUAAGUCCGUAUAAUUUCCAUAGACAUUCGUCAAAGGUCCCAUUAUCACGAGUGGAAACAGAACUCCAGACAUUGUAAAGUUCGAAGGAUAUUAGACGACAAAGAUUUUAAAGGUCAGAAGACUUACAGCCAUGUUUAGCCAAAAUAGGUCUGAUGUCAAAAAGUUAUAAUUAUGAAGUUUUGUUGUAAAUCAAAACAUGCUCGAGAAAACUGAUUUUUGACUCGUAAAAUGUAUUCCUUACGUUUUCGAUUAUGUGUUCUUGUAUAUAUUUCUUGGUUAACAGUAGUUGGUAAGUAGCAAGCAAAUAUUGAUAAGUGUUUAGGUUUUGUUUCUGUCGUCCUUUUUUUUCUUUAUUAGGCACUUGACAGCUUCUUUUGUUAGUAGUAGCUGUGAUCAGUCCAUAGUAACUAGUAGCUCAAAUUAAUUUCUAUUGGAUCCCUAAGCAGUCCUAAUAAUGAACUUCACCAUCUAUAAAAUUUUGAUGGAGUUAUUUUUAAUAUAUGUUUUUAUAAAUGUCCAAUUCUCUUUAUCUAGUCAUGCAGGUCCCGGUGUGGAAUCAUAUGCGCUAUUUUUUAUGCUUAAGUCAAAAACAUUUCUUUUAGCUUGGAGUCUUUUCGUGUACACGACGUUUUUUAUAUACAUUAUUGUAUUAUAUUAAUAUAAAAUAUAACAAAUUCGAUAUUGUUUCCGUAAACUGCCCUGUGAUCAAAACGUUUUUCUUAUACUAGACUGUACAGUUUUGCAAAAGAUUGUAAGCCUUAAAAGGUGACUGCAUAUUAUAGAACAAUUUCUUUUUUUCAAAUUUGGCAGCUUUCUUUUUGACG